GAAGGAAGAGACAUCAAACUUACUCAAUUGGUGAUCCGCAACCAACACCAUUGAAACAACCCCUUUCUUUUUCCCUUCAAUUGAUUAUCAUCACACUGGAAAUGCAGCCUUUUCUUCCUGAGACAAGCAUUAGUAAAAUCCAAGUAUUUGCUCAAACCCCAAAAAUUUCAGUACAGAUGGAUCUGAUCUCCGCCGCUUGUUUGUUUUGCCUCAUCUCUUUCUUCCAAGGGGUUUCAGGGACUACAUUUACAUUAGUGAAUAAAUGUGACCACACAGUUUGGCCUGGUAUUCUUGGCAACUCCGACUUAGGUAGCACUGGAUUCGAGCUGCCGGCCAGAGGGUCCCGAUCAUUCCAGGCACAACCCGGUUGGUCAGGUAGGUUCUGGGGAAGAUCCGGAUGUACAUCGGACCAAAACACAGGUCAACUCACCUGCCAAACCGCUGACUGUGGCUCAAGCCAAGUCGAAUGCAAUGGCAGAGGUGCAACUCCCCCGGCUACCUUAGCGGAAUUCACGAUCGGGUCAGGUACCCAGGAUUUCUAUGACGUUAGCUUAGUUGACGGUUACAACUUGCCAAUGAUCGUGGAGGCAAGCGGAGGGUCAGGCACGUGCUUAUCAACGGGGUGCGUCAACGACUUGAACCGGCAGUGCCCGUCCGAGUUAAGGGCUAGUUCCGGCGAGGCCUGUAAGAGUGCAUGCGAGGCUUUCGGGACUCCCGAGUAUUGCUGCAGCGGCACGUACGCCACUCCCGAUACCUGUAAACCGUCCGUUUAUGCGGGGAUGUUCAAAGCGGCUUGCCCCAAAUCGUAUAGCUACGCGUACGAUGAUGCAACCAGUACGUUUACAUGUACCGGAGCCGACUAUACGAUUACAUUCUGCCCUUCAUCAACAAGUCAAAAAUCUGCAAGCAGUGCGCCACCAACAACAACAGACACAACAGGGGUGACAAACACAACAUAUGGAUCUAGUACUGGGUCAUCAGGACAGGUUCCAGCUGACAAAAAUAGUCCAUGGUUACCAGAUUUUCUUACAGGAGAAUCUCCCAGGACUCUUUCUUCUGAUGUUUUCCAUACCGCAUUGUUGGCUUCAGCGGUUUCCUUUAUCUUCCUCUCCAGAUUUUAUUCAUAAUCUCAACCAUCUUCAAAUGAAAAGCAGCUAUAUUAAUUAACAUCUGAAAUGGGAAUUUUAUUCGGGAUUCUUCUGCUUUAUGGGGAGCACUGCACGCUGCAUGCUGCUGAAGAGUAUACAACACAAAACUACUACGAAUUUUGUUUUUCUUCAUACCUUGGUUUUGGAAGAGCUGUACACCAAAAGCAACAGGCUAGAAAAAGGGAAGAUCUUUAAUCAUUAUUUUUAAUUGAUUACGACGGCAUUUGAAGAACUUUAAAGUGUUACUUUACUGUGAAUCUGAGCAAUCUGGUUGGUUUUUUUUUCUU